UCGUAUCUUUUCUUCAGCGUCAGAUUGGAAUCACCUCCCGCCUGGGAAAGUUGUGUUUUACAUCUUGGACGCAUAGCAUCUCAAAGAUUUCAGAUCUUGGUCUGUGAGCCCUCCUAGCGUUCAGUUCAGGUUCAGUUGUGCGGUUCCCUUGCUCCGCUCUGGUCCAGUGCAUGUUGCGUCUUCGCUGACGAAGAAAGUCUUUCAGAUACUGUCCAGUUCGCAAGAAAUCGGUGCUCGUGAGCUGACUUGAGAUCCCGAUAAGGUAGAAGAAGGUGCAUCGACGCCAGGUGUGCUCCGGUUUGUGUACAUUCCAUUGUAUCCGCGAGAGGUAGAUAGCGUUCCGUGCCGCGGUCGUGUAUAGUGAGAAGUGCAAGAAAAUAAGAGAAAUUCCUUCAAAAUUUCAAGAAAUAGUUGAUAUUGAGUGUUUGCGAGUCUAGUCUGACUUAGCUCGAUAAGAAUUUUGCCUGUGACACCGGAAAAUCCGAGAAAAUCCUUGCGGUAAAUCAUACAAUCUGUGAAUAAUCAUCUGCGAGCCAGAGAACUUGAAAAUCAUCAUCACCUGUGCGAAGGAACGCAAAUCUGACGCAGACAUCCUCCAACAAAUUCAAUAACUAAGAUUUCGUCGUAGUAACAAGCUUUGUUGCCAACGUAAUCUCUUCCUAAUUACUGUCGACGUUAUUGGGCUUACUCCAAGCAAGGAUCUUAUUGCAGCCGUAAGCUAUCUUAAGCUCAAGAAUGAAUCUCAUCCUAAUAUCGAUUUUAGCAGUAGCAUCGCUUUCAUUACUGCCGACAAAAACACAUGGCACAACAGAGGUACAAGAACCGCCGCAAGCCCUACCACUGGCAGCUCAGACACAACCGACAAAUGGAGGCGGUGGUAAUGCCGGUAUCAAUGAUGGCGGUGAAAUAUGGCAGGAGGAUGACCGUGAAGUGUUGAUUCGGAACGAGCGUGGAGCGAAGAACAACGGGAACGGAUCUGGAUCGGGUAAGCGAGGAAAAAAUAAGAAAAAUAAAAAUCAUAUUUCGACAACAAAAAUGCCAACUGCACACGAGCCUGAACGGCUCGAGAAAAAAGAAAAUGAAGGUAAAACGGAAUCUAGCAAGGAAAAGAAGCAACAGACACCACAGGAGCAGAAACAAACUCAAGAGCAACAUCAAACGCACAACAAACACUCGAACAAACACAAUACUAGAAAAUCACAUAGCGAAGAUGGCCCCUCCGAUUGCAGAUACGUUAAAAGCCCAUGGACGGAAUGCGAUUUCAAGUCAAACAUGCGCUCACGGACACUUACACUGAAAAAGGGCGAGCCAGAAUGUGUACCAAUCAGGACUAUCCAGAAGAAAUGCAAAAAAGCGUGCCGCUAUGAGAAGGGAACAUGGUCAGAAUGUAUAACCGGACAAAUGUCGCGAACAGACAAGCUAAAAUCAUCAAGCGACCCAACCUGCCAGUCAACACGUGUCGUUAAUAAGAACUGUAAUCCUGGAAAAUCCAAGGAUAAAAGCAACAAAGAUCGUAAAAAUAAAGAUAAAGGCGCUCGCAAGGGACGUGCAUAAGAAGGAAAUGAAAAAAAAAUCAAUCCACAAAGAUAAAACAGAAGUUAUUUCCACUGAAAUUUACUGAAAGUAAUAAUAGUUACGUUUAAACGGGAACGACAAGCCAACAGUAAAAAUAAUAUAAAAGCUUCCUCAUUUUAUGUUUAACUUCCAUUAUCAUAAUAUUUUUC